CUCCAUUGCCACUGAACGGCACGACGACCGUCGUCUUCCUCUUUCAACGACGCCCCACCACGAAGGAUUAUACCACUGACUGUGAUAUGUCUUCCCUGAAUUUCAAUGUCUCGCGCGCUGCAGAAUGGCCCACUGAAAUACAGCAUUUGGCGUGCUUACUUGACUCUCCAAUCCCAUCACGACUUGCCAAUGGCCCAUACCCACCUGUCUCUUCUCGAGCGUCUCCGUUACUCGAGGAACUCGAAAGUAUCCUAGAAUGUUCACCAGAACAUCUCACAGAUUCCUCCUCGGAAGUACUAGAUAUUUUGGAUCUACUGCUUUCGACUGUUGGCGCGCUCAAAGUUCUCGCCGGCGGUUCGAAGGAUGAUUCUAGACAGUCAACGAUACCAUUCUGGUCCCUUCUUAUACGUUCGCUUUCAUUUAUGUGCUAUGAUAAAUCAUAUAUAAUGCAAGAUGCUACAUUCGUUCGACCACGAUUAUCACAUUCCUCGAAUAGGACGGUGGAUGGACAUGCUUCAUUGCUAAUAUCUCAUAUCGUUGAAGAUAUUCAACGGCCGAGGCCAAUUGUAGACGAUGAAGCUUCGGGGCACGUUUCUAUCAUGAAAGCGGAACGCUCAAACGAACCAUCGCAGGAAGAAUACGACUCUGAAACUUCCUAUGAUGACGAAUCAUCCUCCGAUAGUGACACCAGCUAUGAACGCACGGAGGCUUCAACGGAUCCGACGUCUGCCCAGUCAUCUUACGUUCCCCUUGAUGCCCACAUCCUCGCCUACUGGCGACACCCGAACUCUGUUGUUCUCCCGUACCUUUGUGUCACGGAUGAAGACGACAUUUUCAGCCUAAUGAGCGGUGUUGUUUAUCAGCGUUCUACUUGGGGAAUUGCUGGGCCUGUUAUUGGAAUUAUUCUGUCGAAAACAGGGUUCAUAGGCCGGGUGGUCUUCGGUUGGCUUGACAAUGUAUGCGUGGACCCUGAUCUACCCGCAAUUCAUUUUGCGCAUGCAGAUGGGACGUGUAUAGACCCUUCAUUAGGAGUGUACGACCUCACUGAUGCUGUUAGUGUUCUCAAAUUUGCACAAUUCAUCAUCGGCCUCCGGGCGCAUGUCGAGGGAAUCGUUGCCCAAUGCGGAGCUCCGACGUUCAAACGACUUCCGUGGAGAUCAGAUACUAUCGAUGAUGACGAUUCCGGUUCCGAAGAAGAACAAUGGGAACAAAGGAUUGUUUGUUGGCGAAAUACGGUGGAAAGAUGUGACGCCGACCACACAGCACCUUCCGAUCCUUCAUCAACUCACUGCUGUUCAUACAACAUGGUUGACUCCAAAAAGCCUAUUACGCGGGCCUCGUCGAAGGCUACGUCUGGCCGUCCGAGGCGCUCGAUGUCUGCAGACAGCAAACGCGAACCUCCUCCAGCGGAGCCUACACCAUUUUUACCCGAUAUCGAUGUCACAUAUCCUCGCGAGCCUUCCCUAGGAGCUACGGGUUUGAAGACCUCGUCAGAUAAAGCGUCAGCUCAGCCUGAAGAACGUGGACGACAACAAACAACGUCGGAUGGUGAUUCUUCUAAUAAUGGAAAGACUGGUAAGCGUUCGAAGAGCGCAGAUGCCUUGUCUUGUUCAGCGUUAGGUGCGAAGUCCUUGGCUGGCAUAUCCCCUUCUGCAAAGCUUUCUUUCUCAAGCUAUGCACACGACCGCAAAAUCAUCAGUUUGACCAAUGUACACCUGAACACAGAUUCUAACCUCGGUCUUACUGUUUCGAAGGACGUUGACGCUUCGGAAAUCAAUGAGAUGCUCGGAUUUUAUGACAAAAUGACCCAGUAUAUGAAGCCACCUAUCGCUGAGCAUGGACUGCCUGUCGUUGACAAACGGGUUCAGAGUGUGCGGGAACAUUUCCUCUUACAAGCAAGGAAAUGUCCUGACGGCGAAAACACUUUGGAACUUCCUCAAAAAUUCUGGGAAAUCAUCUCCGGUUGCUUUUCGUCUAUCUUGUGGGCAUCUGUUGGCGGAUACUCAAAAGAGAAGGGCGGUAAAUCUCACAAUGAAGCUGAGGCCCGCCAUGAGUGGGACAUCCUUCUUAAUCUUGGCUUUGUGGACUCCCAUGAGUUGGCCUCCGGAAGAGUGGUAUUUGAAAGGGCGCUUUCUCUGUCUCGGAAUGUUGCCUCGGAUCUGGCGAAAUCGUCUGCCCCGUUCAAUGGCAAAGAAUUUAAGGAUCUCGCCAAAGAAUUGGAACACAUCAUGGCAUAUGCUUUUCAAAUGGUGCUUCCUCGCAGCAGCUCCGAUCCAACCUUAUUCCUUCAGACUAACGAAGUUCUUAUUGCUGCUUUCAAUCAUAGACGCGCCGUCUCAGCUCUCUUUGCGAAUCCAGCAGCAGCAGGGAGCGCCAUUUUAAAGCGUGCUGGAGAUGAACCUGAGCUGGGCAUUGUCGAUGCGAUCCUGACAAUGCCGCUCGACCACGUUCGGAAAAUCCCGGAGCCCCUUGUUCGUGUUGCAGAAACCCGCGAAACUGUCAACGCUGCUCGGGCCCUCAAUCCAGAUAACAUCGUUGAGCCCAGCGAUGACCAUGUCUCUGAAGAACCGUCUUCGAAUGCAAAGCGUCACGCUAAAAAAUCCAGCUCUCGACCUGCUUCAACCCGAACGAGGUCGAUGUCCACUCGAAUGGUUGCAAUCGAGGAAGAGACGGAAGCCGCCCCUCAAACACAACUCAGUGAUGAGGCGAAGAAGGCCGAUGCGAAAGUCAAUGCUCCGGUAAUCAAGGCGGAAGGCUUGAUGCACCCAUUUGCGGUGACGUGCUCCGUGACCAAAUCAGCACCCAAGAUGGUAUUCCCACCUGGGGUGGUGAUGGAUGUCAAGGAGCUGCUCACUAAGCUUCUCUUGGCCGUUUUAGUUGCCGAAUACAAGAAGCCUACGCAGACUUACGCGAAGGCCGUCGUGCAAGCAAAAAUGUACGCAGAAGCGUCUGUCAGGUAUCUUGCAAGUCUGGGAGUGACCAAACAAGCUGUUUUCGCAUUGGCGACAGAUGGCGUUGAAGGAGCUGUACUUAUGGCUUGGUGCUCGAGCGACUCCGAAACCGUCUACAUCGUUGAGCGCAAUGUUCAAACAUUCAACAUUUCCUCACCCAUCGAGGUUUACCAUUUUGUCACGGUCCUUCUGCGUCUACGAGAAUAUGGGGAUACGGCGCUGAAGGAUGCAGUCUUGAAAGCAUUAGAAGCGGAUGAAUUCCGACAAAAGAGCUGGAGUAAAACGGCACAGUUUAAUAGGAUGGAAUGAGAUUGCAUUGACUGGUAUUUACGAAAAGCAUUCUUUGCUUUGAUUGGUUGUAUCCACAUGCUUUCUACUUGCUAUCGCUAAUUUAUCUGCUAUAUACUGUGUAAUUAUGAUAUAAACUUCCACACUUCGCCAAGUACUCCCUAGUUGCAAUGCUUUUCCGC